GCAUCCUUCCGACCUGUAUCACACGUCCAAGGGGUUCCUCUCCCAACUUUAGUGGCGUGGAGGAAGUACCUCAUGGAUUCAUGGAUCUUGAGCGGCUCCUUCAGCAAGAUUGCGCCUUCCAAGGCCUUGUUCACCGACGUCGCCUUCUCCAUGACGUACCUCUUGAAGUCAAGCUUGGCCGCUUGGGUGAGACAUCUAUCUAGUCUUUAGCGCGAGUAGCGGAGCAAGAUUGAGGAAGAUGGUUUCUUCUGGUGGAGCUCAAAAAUGGCGGCCCGGCGAUGGUGGAUCUACAGCAAAGAGAAUGGGUCUAAUUUUUUCAGACCAUUUGACCAUUUCAGGAAUGAGAACCAAAUAUGGCAACCCUCUUGGGAGAAGUGAAGAAGCUGAACAAGAGUGUCAAGGCAAAGUAUUUUGCAUCCCGUCUUUGAAAGUUGUAUCCGUGUUGUCGCCGCCGACCAAGGACCCCUCCCCAUUGUCGUUUCUACCUUUUACUAGACUGAAGGUUCUGGAGCUUAGAGAGUGUGAUCUAUCUGCCUCUGCCGCCCUGGGACUUCCGGAGCUGAGACAUACUUUGAAGAAAUUGAUUUGCCAUAAUUCAUCAGAUGCAUUGCGGCAUGUCUUUGCAAGUAGGAUUGCUGAUAUAAAGGCUUCGUGGAAGUGGAACCGUUUGUCAAUUGUUUAAUGUGCUUGCAAUGACUUGCUUCUCAUGGAUGAGUCCUUGCAGCUCUUUCCGGUUGUUGAGACACUUGUUUUGAGAAGGAACAAGUUUUCUAGAUUUGAUUAUCUUUGGAAGUGCACCAAAUUGAAGUUUCCGAUUCAAUCUCCUGAGAAGCAUAUCAACAUUUGGCGAGGGAAUUGAUCGCGGUUAUCGCCACAAUGAUAUUGCUAGACUCAACCCCAAGGACUGUUGAUAUUGGUUAUCAGGGAAUGGUCUUAAUCUUGCAAGUUUGAGAGGCAAGUAAAGUACAAGAAGUCAUUAUGCCUAUGAUACUCACUCCUCCACAUACUCUGCCUAUGAUAGUCACUUUGCACAAAUUUUAUUUUGAUGUUGUAUCAUUAUCCAAAAUGUGUUGCCUUUUUUAAACCUUUGUAAAAUGUAUGGUGCAUUAAGUUGCUCCACUAAUAUUUAAGUAAAUAUUAAGUUAUUAG